GUGUGUGAAUAAGGACUCCCCGCUGGAAUUUGUGCCGAGCAAAGCUGGACGAGGAGUGGAUCCACGCACGUGCCUGGUACUCUGUUUGAGUGGGGGAGGAGCAGGCACGGCUGAAGACCGUCGAGGAGCAGAGUGUGAGUGGCUGCAACCUUGUGUUGGGCCUCAGGAGAACAGUGUGUGACUGUGUCUCGAGCAUCCUGCGUGGCCGUUGCCAGGUAGGUGUGCCUUCCUUUGCAGUAAGCAGUGCUUAGGCGUGAGCCCAGCUCAUCCCCCUGUCCUGAGCAGAUGGGCUUUCUGCGUGCUUUAUUGCUGUGCUUGGUGCCGUCCGGCACAGCAGCAGCAAGGCCGUGAACACGUACGUAGCCAGGUAGAUGCAAAUGUGCAAGUGAUGGUAUGAAUACUCUUGUUGUUAGUGUUCAUGAGACAGUGGUCGUGCGUGUGUGAUCAAGCUCAGGAAGAAGUUGAUUCUUGCGUGUUCAGCUGUUGCUGAAAUGCAAGUUUGGCAUCCCUGCUUGUGGUUGGGUCGGAAGACCAAGGAUAUGUUCAGAGCACGUCUGUGAGUCAGGCUGGGAGUUUUUGCUAGCAGGAAGUCACAGCGUCGGAGCGCACGAAUGGAAUGAUGGCUCUCGUUUCCCCCUUGUAGAAAGCAGCCUCCUGGAGAGCAGCAGAGCAGCAGGCUGUCUGCGCUAUGGCCGCUGAACUGCAUUUCUCGCCCCGUGAGAUCCCUGAGCCCACGCUGAUGGAGAACGUGCUGCGCUCCGGCCUCUUCUUUGGAGCCGUUUUGCAGCUUGUGUGCGUGCUGGCCAUAACCCUGCCAGUUCCCAAGCGCCCAGAGACAGACUGGGACGGCUUGGAGUCUAAGACUUGGGAGACGGUGAAGAAACCAAAGGCAAGUGCUGCACAGCUAAGCAAGAAAGCCAAGAAGGAAAGCAAAAAGAAACGACCGUCGAGGCACGAAAUGGAGUACGGGCUCAGGGGAGCAAUGGGUGCCUGUGUCACAACCUUCCUGAGCUCCCCUUGCAAGGACUGGCACAGUCUUGGGACUCAGUCUGGCGAGGCAGUGAAGAAAGCCAAGGCAAGUGCUGCUCUGCUGAGGAAGAAAGCCCAGAAGGAGAGCAAAAAGAACCGAGCAGGGCUUGAGCAAGAAGGCCCACAGGACACUGGGAUCAGCUGGAAUGCUUCCUCGGAGGUGGCACCAAAGGCAGCGGACUGAGUCCAGUUUUGUGGCAUGACUGUGCUUUCUCUGUCAUGGACAGUGCAGCGGAACUGAGGCACCUGGAAGGGAAGGGCUUGUGCUGCGUUCCCAGCAAGGAGGGAUUGCCAGAGCCAGGUCUUCAGCUAUGGCAAGAGGUGGAGAGGCUGUGUUCCUUCAGGCUGCGUCUCUUCAGGGCCAGGGCCGGUCUAGUGUGAGAUUCAAGUAUGGCUAGCCGGGCCUGGAGGGAGAGGAGCUGACAUAGCCACAGGGUCAGGCUUCUCCUUGUGUCUGGCUGGAGGCUGAUUGACUCAUUGCUAAGCAGAAACCCUGGGCGCUGGGGUUUCAUUUUGGGCUGUGUUGAUAUAAAUACAACCCAGAGCCUUUUGUAUUGAAUAAAAGCAAAACCAACUUUUUCCACACGGUGCUGCCUCUUUCCAUAGCUGGUCAAAAGGUGCCGUGCUUGGGCUGGCAUCACAGGGCCGUGAACCAGUCAGCUCUGCCCUGAAAUUCUGCUGGUUUUCCCCCAUUUCCUUGUUGGUCUUCCCAAUGGGUGGCCUUUCAGCCCACCUGUAGCUGCUGCCCACAGGCUGUGAGCCUGCCCUUGCUCUCCAAGGACCGCCAGCAAAAGCACGAAGGAGGGGAAGCAGCCCGGGAGGAAGAAAGGUGUCCCUGCACUCAGCCCCUGGAGCUUGCCUCUCUUCCUGGUGGCUUUUUCAGCCCUGCGCUGUGCUGAGGGUUGCUUUUUGCCCCGGGAAGCCCAGCUGCACGCGGGCAGCCUUGGGCUGCACAUCAGCCUGGCAUUGGGGCACGAGGAGUGGAGGUGUGGGGGGGAUGGUGUGAAGAGCAGCGCUGGGAGCGGGGAGGAGGAGAGGGCAGCGGGUGGGCGGCAGGGGAACGUGCCUCGGAGCAGAGCUCAGCCUCGAGGCUGGGCGACACGGAGCCGUGCUGCGCUGCUCAAGUGCGGUACGGCAGCGCCGCGUGUUGUGCCAGGGCGCUUUGCUGAGUCCAGGGGCGGGACGGAGCUGCAGCUGGCCAAUGAGAGGCACGAAUGGGCCGGAACUGGCCCUGACCGAUGAGUGGCCGGAGGCGGCGUGGAGCUGCGAUGGUGGAGGGGCUCGUGGUGUUUUUGUGGCAGAAAAUCCCAGAUUUCAAGGGAACGCCUGGGAUUGUUGGCAGAAAACCCUUUAAUCCCUGUUUUUCCCCUUAAAUCUGGGGUUUUCUCCCAGAAAUCCCUGUUUUUCCCCUUAAAUCUGGCUUUUCACUCCCAGAAAUCCCUGUUUUUCCCAAUAAAUGUGUCUUUUUCUCCCAGAAAUCCCUGUUUUUUCCCCUUAAAUCUGGGCUUUUCUCCCUGAAAUCCCAGUUUUUCCACUUAAAUCUGGCUUUUAUCUCCCACAAAUCCUAGUUUUCCCCCUUAAAUCUGGAUUUUUCUCCCAGAAAUCCAUUUUCCCCCUAAAUCCGGGUUUUUCUCCCAGAAAUCCCAUUUUUUCUCCUUAAAUCUGGGGUUUUCUCCCAGAAAUCUCCGUUUUUCCCCUUAAAUUGGGGGUUUUUCCUCUUAAAUAUGGCUUUUCCACCUAUGAAAUCCCAGUUUUCCCCCUUAAAUCUGGGGUUUUCUCCCAGAAAUCCCUGUU